ACUCUACUUGUUAUUAGCACAUCAGAGACAGCCCAGUUGUGUGACAUCAUCCCUCAGACGAUGAYGGACUGUUUGCCACCUGCUCUGCUGGAAGCCUGCGUGGUGGUCGGAGCGUCCAGUGAAAAGCUUCGGGAAGUUUGCCAGGUUGUUCACAGUACUGGCAGUCUAGAGUGUGCCCAGGUGGAGCCGGAGGUUCUCCAUGUCCUGGCACCUCCYUUUGUUAGCAGAAUAUCUGAGCGUGAAGCUCUGAAGUUAGGUGGGAUUAAGAGGCGCUCCUUUCUCAAGAAAAAGAGGGAACAACCACCUUCAGGUGAAGAUGCAUCAGAGGGAAGUGUAGACGUCUCUGUACCAAAAGACAUCGACCUUGUCGUCUUGCCCCAGCUCUGCUUUCCAGGUGGUCUGGAAGUGACCAGUGAGCAGAAGACUGAGCAGUUCCACUUCCUGGUUUUUACUGACGUCUUUGGCAACAAAACUCAUGGAGUAGUAAUGCAGUAUUAUCGUCCCAUUCUGGGAGGAAUGUCUUGUAAUCAGAUCGGAGCUGGAUCGUCAACGUUCUCUAGACUUUUCUCAGCGUACAGCUUCUGUGUCAUAUCCAAGCACCCUUACUUCACUGCUCUCAAAGACUGCCUGUCGUGCCUUGUAAUCCAGCUGAGGACUUGUCGAUUAUCAGACACGGAGGAAAAAGUGAAAGAAUUUGCAACCAAACUGUCACUUGUGCCAAUUCCACCACCUGGGCAGCUACAUUUGACGUUUACGUUACAGCCCCUGACGGUCAGAUUACCCUCCAGAGAGGACAAAGACCACCCACUUAUAGAUUUAGACCUCCACCUGCCCUUUCUUUGCUUCAGGCCACAGCAGCUGCUGCAGGUGCUGUCCUGUCUCCUGCAGGAACAGAGGGUGGUGUUAUUUUCUGCUGAUUGGGCCAGACUCACGUUGAUAGCAGAAAGUUUGUUAAUUUUUCUGAAGCCUUUGGUGUGGCAGCAUCCAUAUGUUCCUGUUCUGGCCAGAGGCAUGCUGGACUUUCUAAUGGCUCCCACUGCUUUCCUUAUGGGAUGCCAUCUCAGUCAUUUUGCAGAGGUUGCUGAUGAAACCGAUGAUUUGAUCUUGGUUAAUAUUGAUGACGGAAGUGUUUCUUCUUCCUCUCUUGAUGUUGUUGUUGUUCCUGACAUCCCUUCAGCUGCUGCAGACUGCUUCACACAGAGGUGCCAGUGUCUGCAGAUACAUUUCGACUUGGAUCGAUGCCACAGUGCAACCUGCUCCAGCAUCGAUGAGCUGCGUGACCAAAGACAAGAGUGGCAACACAAACUCAACCAUGACAUCCAGAGGAUUGCACUGGAGCUGGUUGUCAACAUAUUCAGGGACGUGAGUAAUCAUCUGAACUAUGAUCAUCGAGUGUUUCACAGUGAGGAGUUCCUGAAAAGCAGACUGCCAAAUGAGCAGCUUUUUUACAAAAAGUGCUGAAAUCCCAGCCUAAGCCUGUGGAUGUGUUGAAGCUCCCACACUUCCCAGUGACUCUGUCAUCCUCCUUCGUUCACAGUUAUUACAGCGAUCUCAUCCAGCAGCUUGGAAAAACUAUUCAAUCAAUGCAAAAUGAGAAUUCUGCUUUGCUGGCCAGGUAUUACUACUUACGUGGUUUAAUCCACACGUUGUGUUCACGGCGCCUGGACGCUUUAAGUGAUUUCCAGAAUCUCUACAAGACGGACACGGACAUAUUUCCCACACACUUGGUCACGUGGCUCGUGGACUCGCUGCAGCAAGACGAGAAGCAGCUGGCCCACAUAAGACCGGAGAUGAAGAGACUCUUCUUCAGGGUUAAAACUGAUAAUGCGAAGACACUUGUCCAAACUAGUAAUCGCAUCAAGAAGUUCGAACUUCCCAAAAAGCCUCUGAGCCAGGAGGAGUUUGUGUGUUGCAUUCAGGAGUGUGGGAUUGUCAAAGACGUGGCUACCAUACAUCGGUUAUUUGAUGCUCUCAGUGGUGGCCAUCCAAAGCAGGCAGUAGUCCCUGAAGUCUUCAGACUCUUCCACACCUUUUGGAGGGAGAUGGAGGCCGAAGCACAAGAUGUCAACCUGCCCUCUGAGGUGGUCUCCAAGCUGGACGACAGCGAAUGUGUCUACAAGUUGUCGUCCUCUGUGAAGACGUCCCGUGGUGUCGGUAAAAUCGCCAUGACGCAGAAACGUCUGUUUUUGGUCACUGAGGGGAAACCAGGCUUCCUGGAAAUCACCAAAUUCAGAGACAUACAGGGGCUGAAGGUUGCCUCAGCUCCUUUCCUUCUCGCUCGUGUUUCCUCUCUUCGCAUCCAGUCCUCCGGCAGGUCUGAAGUGUUUGAGGCCAACCUGAAGACAGAGACCAAACUCUGGAACCUGGUGGUCAGAGAGAUGUGGGGGGGACGCAGGAUGGCAGACCAACACAAGGACCCUGAGUUCAUGACUCAAGCUCUGACCAACGUCUUGCUGAUGGAUGCUGUCGUAGGCUGCCUGCAGACACAGAAGUCCAUCGCUGCUGCCUCAAAACUGGCUUACUUUGAUCAAUUCAACAACGAGGCUCCUAUAAAGGAACCUGACCCUGCCUCAGAGACUUUAAAGCACAAGAUCAACCCGUCACUGGACUUGGCAGAACCUCAGACGGUCCAUGUGCUGCUGUACACUCCAGGUCAGUUAAGCGGCAGCAGCUCUCAGUGUGAGAUGAACCCGAAGCUGUGGGUGGCUCUCAGUGGAGGGAGGGUGGUCGUUUUUGAUGCAGCCAGCUGGUUGAUGCUGCAGGACGACAUUCAGGUCGGAGAGGCCCAAGUGACCUGCAUGAUGGGGCUGGUCCAGGAUCAGGUGUGGAUGGGUUCUCGGGACUCUGUCAUCUACAUCAUCGACACUCGCAGCCUGUCCUGCAACAAACAGCUGACUGAACACCAACAUGAGGUGACCGGCCUCUCGCUGGACUCCAGAGACCACAGCAGCAGUCAGCACAUGUACUCGUGCAGCUGUGAUGGGACCAUCCUGCAAUGGGACUUGACCAGUUUGACAGUGAAGAAGAAGUUCAACCCCACCUGCGACCGACUGCUGUCCAUACAGAUUUGUGGCAGCACCCUKUGGGGCUGUUGUACUGAUGCUGUUGUGGAACUGAAAAAGAAUAGUUUGCGACAAAGGAGGAUAACACUUCCUGGCGACCUGCAGAGCACACCACGUAGCUUCAGCUGCUUCGUCGUCAUCCCAGAGCGAGAGCAGUUGUGGGCAGGCUGUUCAGGCUCACAAGAGUUGUUUCUCUGGCUGACGAAUAACCUCAAACAUCUGUCCAAAAAAAUCUSCCUGCCCAACACGUCCGGAAUCACCUGCAUGAUUCAAGUCAAAAACCAAAUCUGGGUGGGCUGCGAUGGACAGAACGACACUGGAGGUCAGCUGAGAAGCCAGUUGUUUGUGGUGGAUUUAAACAGCCUCGCAGUGGAAAAGGAGCUGCUGGCUCAUUCAGACAGCAUCCAGACUCUCUGCUCUGCUGAAGAUCGUUACAUCCUGAGUGGCUCUGCACGCCGCGAUGGCAAGAUUGCCAUCUGGAAAGCUGAGUAGAAAGCAUCUGAAAAGGACCAAGUGUCACCAAACAUUUAAAAAAUAAUGGAAAGUUUUUCAUUAGAAUGGUCACAGUAUUGGAAUGGUAACUGAGCUUUAUAUUUUUAAGCUGAAAAAAAGAAACUGUUUUAAAGACAAAAUGUUUCUUGCCAAAAUCUUGUUAAUAACAAACACGAUGUAAAAAAUUUGGACAUUUUUAUAUGAAUGUUUACAAGAAACCUGGACUGGAUGUGACAGCAACAAUAAGCUAUUUAAUUGCUGUUAUUGGCCAAAAAUGUKGUCUGUAACUAAGCACUAAUUAAAUGUUAAAGAUCUUGUUUUUUAUGUUUUUGUAAAAAAUGUGGCACAUUAACAAUGUUAGUACCAUUAAUACAACCUAAAAUAUAAUUUGCUUGAAACAAUAAACAGUCAAUUAUUA